CAAUCGAUCAGAGAGCGGGAGAUGGCGGAGCGUGGAGCCCGCGCGCCGAGACCGAUCGCCGAAUAGCUCGAUCGAACGGAAUCGCUAGGAGUGGCGAACUGACAGAGUAAGUUGGGCGGUUUGGGUAAAUUACACGCAGAGGUGUGAAGCUCCGGGUGCGGUUGCGAGCUGCGGAUUAAGCGCGAGAUAGCGCGUCCUUCGGUAUAGAGAAAAGCAAAACAAACGGAGCGAAAAUACGCGGAGGGCUGCAGGCCGCCUGCCGCCGCCACCAUGUUGUUUGAGGGCUGCGAGCGGGGCCAGGCACGCUGAGUUAAUCCCGGAUAGCGAGCGGAGCGGGAAGAGAGGACUCCUAAUCAAUCCGCAACAUCGUCAGCCCCACCGUGGUGGGGGAAAGGCGACAGUGCGGCUGAUGUGAAGCCCUAAACUCAUGUUUACUCGUUACACAGACAUUUAAAGAACCCACGAAGUUUGUGUGCAUUCCUGCGUGACGAGUAGCUAACCUGCCAGGUCCAGUCUGGAGCCGUUCAGUUAGCUGCUUAAGCUAGCACUGCAUACAUUAACAAACACUGGUGACUAGGUAGCUAACGUUAGCUAGUCAGCUAACCUGGCUAAGUCUUGGCCCAUUUUUAUGAGGGAAAUUAGGAAGAUGAACAUGUAGUGAUUGUCUGACCCUUCCACAGUACAAAAAUAUUUUUUUCAAGAUGAAAUUAGCCCAUAGUUAGCUAGUUAGGAUCCCAGUUUGAGCAUCAUAAUGUUUUGUCUGUUUAGUCCCAAGUUGUUUACAUAAAGCAUUGACAUGAGUUGUUAGCGGAGACGCAGUCAGAGAUCUCUGUUUUAGGUUGAAUCGUCUCAGCCAGGCUCUUCAUUCAGAACUAAGCUGGGUACAGAGCCUUGACCUCUGCCCUGGCAGCUGAUGUCAGUGACGAGUGAAUGAAGGCACUGUUAUCCAGAGUGAGGUCUGCAGUCCACUGCGCCAGUGAUGGACUUCCCGUGGCACAGUGGAAAAGUGUUGGAGCAGCUUAACCAUCAGCGGCAGCUGGGUCUGCUGUGUGACUGCACGUUUGUAGUGGAUGGAGUAGAUUUCAAGGCCCACAAGGCUGUGUUGGCAGCAUGUAGUGCUUACUUCCACACACUGUUUCUUGACCAGAAGGAUGUUGUGCAUUUGGAUAUCAGCAAUGCUGCAGGUCUUGGACAAGUUCUUGAGUUUAUGUACACAGCCAAGCUGACGUUGAACCCUCAGAAUGUAGAAGAUGUGCUGGCUGUAGCUACAUUUCUUCAGAUGCAAGAGAUUGUCAAUGCUUGUUCUGCUUAUAAGUCCCUUGCUGGACCUUCAGCAUCUAACAGUGGACAAGUGGAGGGACAUCAGAGUCUUGUUAAGAAAGAUGAUGUUGCUUCGGUUGAGGGAGAGGCCAGAGAUGUCUCCGCUGAGAAUGGUGUUCCUGAGGCAGAUGAAGCUCCCUCAUCAUCAGAAACAACAGAAAGCCAGCAGGCUACAUGUAGCACUACUGAGAGACAAAGCACUGGGGCUCAGCAAUCGGGGAGCAGAGUUGGAAGACCACUGAAGCUUGGUCAGUGUGCUAGGCAAAAGAAAGCUGAGGUGCCCGUCACCAAGACAGACACAGAGGAGAGUGCAACGAAAGAAGUAAUGGAGUAUCAAGAUGAUCCCUCGGAUGCGGAUUACACGCCAAAAUUCUCGCAGAGGCCUUCAGCCAGAAGAUCUUACAUAAGCACACGGCGAAGCAAAUCAAAAUAUGCUGCUGAGAUCCUGUCCUCACAGAAUGAUGCUUCUAGUGAAGAAGGCAUAUCAAAGCCUGCCACUGAGGAGAAUAUGACUGAGGAACAGGAGGAGGAAGAGGAGCCUGGUGGAGAGGAGCAGGCCCUGGAGGAGGAGGAUGGACAGAUGGAAGCAGAGGAUGAAGGGACAUCAGGGUCAGUGGAUGGAGAAGAGGGGAAGUGUGUGAGGUCCGGCGCUAUGGCUGAACGCAGUGAGUCCAGAGCAUACGGCUCUGUCACACACAAAUGUGAGGACUGUGGCAAGAAGUUUACUCACACAGGGAACUUUAAACGGCACAUGCGCAUUCACACAGGUGAGAAGCCCUUCACCUGCAGAGACUGUAACAAGGCCUUCUCAGACCCAGCUGCCUGCAAAGCACACGAAAAAACCCACAGCCCACUGAAGCCAUAUUGCUGUUCCACAUGUGGGAAGAGCUACCGACAGAUCAGCCUGCUGAACCUCCACAGGAAGCGGCACACGGGUGAGGCACGCUACAGCUGCGAUGACUGUGGGAAGCUCUUUACUACGUCGGGCAACCUGAAGCGCCAUCAGCUGGUGCACACUGGCGAGAAGCCGUACCACUGCGAAUACUGCGAGCGAGCAUUCUCUGACCCCACGGCCAAAAUGCGCCACCUGGAGACUCAUGACACAGACAAGGGCCAUAAAUGCUCACAAUGUGACAGAAAAUUCAAUCAGUUAGGAAACUUGAAAGCUCAUAUGAAGAUCCAUAUCGCAGAUGGGCCUCUCAAGUGUAAAGAGUGUGGAAAGCAGUUCACCACUUCAGGCAACCUGAAGAGACACCUGCGAGUGCAUAGUGGAGAGAAGCCCUUUGUCUGUAUGCACUGUCAGAGAGCCUUCGCUGACCCAGGGGCACUGCAGAGACAUGUGCGCAUUCAUACAGGGGAAAAGCCUUGCCUUUGUCUGAUUUGUGGAAAAGGCUUCACACAGGCCAGUUCACUCAUUGCUCAUGUUCGUCAGCACACUGGAGAGAAGCCAUAUGUAUGUGACCGUUGUGGAAAAAGGUUUGUGCAGUCCAGUCAACUAGCCAAUCACAUCCGUCAUCAUGACAAUAUACGACCACACAAGUGCCAUACUUGCAACAAAGCGUUUGUCAAUGUUGGGGACCUUUCCAAACAUAUCAUCAUUCAUACAGGGGAGAAGCCUUUUCUUUGUGACAAGUGUGGUCGUGGGUUUAACCGCGUGGACAACCUUCGCUCCCAUGUUAAGACUGUUCACCAGGGCAAGGCAGGCAUGAAGAGACUGGUGGUGGCUGAUGAUGAUGGAGAAGACAAGCUGCUCACUGCCUCUGCUUCAGCCUCCGAACUGGACGACAAUGAAGUCAACAUUGUUACAGUCACCACGGAUGACAUUGUGACUUUAGCUACAGAAGCCUUGGCAGCCAGUGCGGUAGCACAACUGACUGUGGUGCCUGUAGCAGCAUCUGUAUCUGCGGAUGAAACUGAGGCUCUGAAAGCAGAGAUCACAAAGGCAGUGGAGAAAGUGCAGGAGGCUGAUCCCAACACUCAGAUCUUGUAUGCCUGCGACUCUUGUGGUGAGAAGUUCCUGGAUGCCAGCUCACUGGCCCAGCAUGUGCGCAUCCACACAGCCCAAGCCCUGGUCAUGUUUCAAGCAGACUCCGACUUUUACCAGCAGUAUGCAGCGGACGGCACCUGGCAGGCCACUGAGCAGGUCAUUCAGGGAGGAGAGCUCCUCUUCCGGACGCGGGAGGGAGAAGAAGAGGCUGGCGAUGGCAGUCAGGGUGAGAUAGCUCAGACUGAAGAAGGGGACGAUCAGGAAGAACCCCAGACAGACGACGGGACAGAGACUGUACCGAUUUGUGAGACUCAGACUCAGUGAGGUUUUCCUCACAUUACAAACAAACCUUGGACAAUUGAGAUGUUUAUAUAACAUAGAGAUUUCUAGUUUUGAAAAUCAAAGCUAUUAUGAGUUGUUUUUAUAAAUUGGUUUGGAAAAUUAAAAAGGAACCUCUCAAACCAUAGCACAAGUGCAUGAUAUCAAAUAUGUAGCAAAUCUUGCUUUGGAUGUAAAAAAAAAAGUAUUUAAAAGAAGCUAUUUGUCUGAAUGGA